AUGGGUUUUCCCGCUGAGCCUGCUGCUCACCUGCUGGGCGCCAAUGGGCCGGUCCAUGCUCUUGCAUACUCGGCCUCUCCGGGCACAUACAUCCUCACCGGCUCCGCGGACCGAUCCAUCCGCCUCUACAACCCAUUCCCCAGCACUGCCGUCCCCGGUGAGGAUCGCCGCAGCAAAGCCGCCGUGCCUCAGGGCCGUCUCAUCCAGACCUAUGCCGCUCACGGUUACGAGGUGUUGAGUCUUGCCGUCGCUGCUGACAAUGAGCGCUUCGUGUCGGCUGGUGGUGACCGCACCGUCUUUCUGUGGGACGUGUCUACUGCUGUCACCACGAGGCGGUUUGGCGGUAAUGUUAAUGGUCACUCUGCGCGUGUCAACUGCGUGAGCUUUGCUGGCGAUGGGGAUUCUAUUGUCGUGAGUGGCGGGUUUGAUACCACUGUGCGGCUGUGGGAUACCAAGAGCAACAGCUUCAAACCUAUUCAGGUGCUUGAAGAGGCGCGCGAUGCCGUGACGUCUCUUGUCGUGCGCGGGCCCGAAGUCGUCGUGGGGAGUGUUGAUGGGCGAGUACGCAGUUACGAUAUCCGCAUGGGUCGCGUGACCGCCGAUGUCAUAGGUGCACCCGUCACGAGCCUCAGUCUGACACGCGACGGACGAGCAAUGCUAGUUGGGAGUCUUGAUAACAAGUUGCGACUCAUGGACCGCGAUAAUGGCGCCUGCUUGCGGGCAUAUGCGGAUCCUGGAUGGAAGAACGAAGAUGUACGGUUACAAGCACUUCUGGGCGAUAAGGAAAAGUACGUUGUCGUCGGUGAUGCCAUGGCUGGCGAGCCUGCGCCUGAAGGGCAAGGGAGGAUAUGGGCCUGGGACUUGUUGACAGGCAAGUUGGCAGCCAAGGUGACGAUACCAUGGGGACCUGAGGGCAUGGAGCCUAGGAAGAAGGUCGUAGGGAGAGACGGAAAAGAAAAGGCGAGAAGCAACAUUAUCAGCUGUAUGGCGUGGAGAGAGGACGGUUGGGGAGACCAGUUCUGUGCCGGUGGAACAUCAGGCGUGGUGACGGUAUUUGGAGCGUUAUAG